UGUUGUCUCAGAUUUUGAGAUAGAAGAACAAUCUAGAGACUCUGGAUCAGUAAUAUGGGGAGUAGAUUCUGACUCCGAAAAGUCUCCUAGGGGUUCAGACUCUAGAAAACAUCUGUUAAAAGCAGAAAAUUAUCAAAUGGCUUCAGGCUCUGUUGAAGACUUGACCAAGACAGGGCAACAGCUGGUGAGAAUUGAACAGUGCCAGGUGGAAUAUGGAUCUCUGAAACACUGGGUACCCUCAGGCUCAGAAAAGUCCCUGGAAGAUUCUGACUCUGAAAGAGACUCUGACUCUGAUAAUGAAAUGAAGAUAGAAGAAAAACGCCAAAUGGCUUCAGAUUCUAUAAAACGUCUAAUGGAAUCUGAAAAAACAAUGAUGGAGACUGAAAAUUUCUGGAUGAUCCCUGAUACUGAGAGUUAUGCAGUAUACUCAGGCACAGAAAAAAGUAGAGCAUCAGCAUCUAAGGUACAUCUGAUACAGGUGGAAAAAACAGAAAAGCAAAGACCUAAGAGAUAUAUGAUGGACUCUGACUCUGAACCAAGUGAGAUGGACUCAGAUUCAGAAAGAUGUGAGCUAGCCUCAGCAGCUGUGAAAUGUUUCAUGGGUAUAGAAACAUUUCAUCUGAGCACUGCUGUGAACAAGUUCCCAAAGGAUUUUUGGUCUGAAAGAACAGUGGACUCAGACUCUGAAAGCCCUGUGAUGUCCUCUGAUUCUGGGAAGCACAUGAAGAAGGCUGAGGCAUGCAAAAGUACCUGCAAUUUGGAAAGACUCAAGCUGGCUCACAAGUCUGAGUCUCUACAUCACCGGUUAGAUGCUAAAAGAAAACAGUUAGAUUCUGAUCAUAGUGGACACUGGGAUAGCUCUGGAAAAUAUCAGUUUAGGUCUAUAGUACCUCAAGAUAGCUUCGGAAAAUGUCAGGGUGACCUUCAAACAUUUCAGAGUAUCACUGAAAAAGAUCAAGGAGACUCCAGUUCUGAAAAACAUCAGAAAAAAACUGGAAAUGAACGAGAUCAAAAUGAACCUGAAAGCAAAAGGUACCCCAUAAAGACAGAGAAGGGAGUUGAAAAUGAGGGGUUUCAAGUGGAUAAGGAAAGAGAAGGACAUCUCAUAGAGUCUGACCAUCGUGACUCAGAAAAUGAAGCACACCGGCUUGGUGCUCGUAGAAAGGAUAAUCGUCCACCAGGUUUUUGGAGGCCUGUUACCCUGCCUCCUAAGCUUGGCCAGGAAAAGAAAACUGAAGAGCAUAAGUCUGUACAGCAAAAAGAUAACAGAGUUUGCAGAAUUCAGAUAGCAAGAUACAAGACUGAAGACAAAACUGUGAGAUUCAAAGAGGCAUCUUCAAGUCUCAGUGACACGCAUCUCUCACAGGAAAAAGUAAAGGAAAAGCACAGCUAUAUCUUUUCUCCAGAAUCUCAGACAUUCACAGAUGAAAAGUAUCAUGGAAAAGCCAGCCGGAAAAUAUCUGUCUAUAAGCGCCAUUGCAGGGAGUAUAGAUAUGCCCAUGGUUGUGAGAGUUUUCGGUAUCAAAUUACUCCCAUUCCUCUAAGUUCUGAGAUUUGCACCUCUAAUGUAUCAUCGGUUGUUGGCAGCCCAAAUUCCGAGAGUCCUAAAUCUGUCACAAGACAGAAGACUCGAAGAAGUCUUACAUAUUCUUUGGAUGUGGGAACUCAAAAAUGUGCCAGAUGUUUUAUGGAAAUCAGUAACUCUUCUUUUCAUAAAUGCCCCACAAAUUCUGAUGAUUCUGACUCUGAUUCUUCUUUAUAUGGCCAGAUUUCCUCAGAUUCUAAAUAUUCUCUGAGCUCUAAAACUGUUAGACACUUCAAGACUUCUCAAAAUAGCCCUUCAUCUCGAUCCCUGGAUCAUAAGCAUCAUGUGGGCAUCCGCUGCUCUCUGCAUGGGGAUGAUUUUAAAUAUUCUGUGGAUUCUACCUCUUAUUUACAUUGUGAAAGUUGUUCAGCUCUCCAAAAUCUUAAGAGCUCUGCUGCUACCCACACCAUUCCUACAAAAUCUAAAAAAACCAUGGGCAAACAUAGUACCUGUGGCCACAUAUUGUCAACACCAGUAAGAUUAUCUGAAAGUGAAAGCAAGUUCAACCUUACUGCCCAACCUCAAAAUAAGGAUAAUCCUGAUGACAGCAUUAUUAAAUUUAUCAGUGCUAGAAAUAUCAAAGAUGAGACUGAUGCUGAAGAUAAACUUCUUUCCAAAGAUGAGACAGACCAUGAAGAUGAGACAAAUACUGAAGAUGAAACAGAUGCUGAAGAUGAAACAGACACUGAAGAUGAAGACAACAACAAAGAUAAGAAAGGUCCCAAUGACAAAUCUGAUCCUGAUGGCAGUGAUCCUAAAGAUGGCAACUCUGAAAAUAAUACUGAUAGCAAUAGUAGGUCUGAUCCUAGUGGUGCUUCCGGGCCUACAAGUGGACCUGAUUACAGCAAUGAUGGUGACUCUAAAAAUGUACCUGAUCGCAACAAUGAAUCUGACCCUGCCAUUGAUAAUGCCUCCAACAUUAACAUUAACUUGAAAUAUAGCACUGAUUUAGACAGUGCUUCUGAUCUGGCAGAAGAUAUCAGUCAACACAAUAAUGCUACCAAGAGUAGCACAAAUCCAAACACUGCUUCUGGAAACAAAAAUAGAACUGUGCUGGACUACAUUUCUGGUUCCAACAAUGAUGCUGUCCCUAGAAAUGACACUGGACAAGGAAAUAAUACUUACUCUGAGAAUAUUAGACCAAUUGCCAACAGAUUUGACUUCAUCAAAAAUGAGACUGAUUCUAACAACAAUUCCAGUCCCCCAAAUAGCCAGAGACUACCAAAAGAUCUUGAGUCUAACUAUAAUACCAAACCCAGUAAUGCUACUAGUCACAAUGUUAUUAAUCCUAACAAUAUUUCUGAUCCUAACUAUGACACAGAGUCUACUAGCACUGCUGUUCACAAACAUACAGCUGCCAUAAAACAUUAUUCAGACCUUAAUGAUGUCACAGUGUUUACAUACAAAGUAAGACCAAGUUUUCUAGUCAACCCAAACUAUUUUUGCAGAAAGAAAUAUGUUAGUAGACCCAGCUCUUUACUUAGCACUACCAAUGCCAUUGAUACUAGCAACAUCACCAGCUGUACUAAUGCUAUUAGCUCUCAGUUUACUGCUGGAAAAAGCUAUACCCCAGAAAAUAAACAUUUCCCUAGAUUUAGUCAUUUUAAUGGUUUCAAUAUUGUCAUCAAAAAUAUUCAGAAUGCUCAUAAUUCUACUAGUACCACCAAUACUAAUAUUUUCACUGAUACUGAAUUAAAAAUUAGCUCCAUAUCAUCUAUUCUUAAAAUUAUUUAUGGAAAUAUCUCUAAUUUUAUUGCUGGCACCAACCAUAUUUCUUAUCCUGAUUUUUUGAUAACCUCUGAAUUUUAUGAUCCACUUGAACUUGGUAGAGCUUGUAUAAUUUUUGAUAACCAAAAUAUUGGUGCUCAGUUCCAAAACUCUGCUGCAUACAUGGACUCUGAUACUUCUAAGUAUGCCAGUGGGUCAGCAGAUGCCCUUGAUGCCAAAGAAUCUGGCUUUUUAAAAGAUUUUCCUAGGGUCCAGAAUCCAAUUGGCAUCAAGGAUUCUUCUCCUUUCAAGAUUCUUUCCAAUCAAAAUAUUCCACUCCCUAGUUUUGAUGUUAUAGUGGAAGCUGAACUACCAGAUGUUGUGAAGUUUGCUAUAUCAUCAGGUGCUGUGAAUCAAUUAUUUAAGCUCAGCCUCCAAACAGGUAGCAGACAAAACCUUGGCCUUUGA